CAUCAUCCACCCACUGUAGUAUAUAGCGCCUAUGUUGUGCGGCAUUCAAUUCCAGUCCCAAAAUAACCUUCAACUCGCUCGCAGUGCACAGUUUACAACGGUUCGGUUCGCCACUCCCAGCUCUGACGGUAUUACUACUUACCACCGCACAAUCGAUACAAGCGCACAUCUCAAUUCAAGCGGAGAUAACAAACAAUUUGUUACACACCAUGGCCGAUAGCAACACUCUUGAUGCGCAGUUUGUGGGACAGUCGAACAGCUUUGCAACGAAACUGUACCAGGCAAUAAGUGCAAAGAAUGUGGGAGAAAAUGUGGUCAUUUCCCCGUUUUCGAUCAGUGCCUGUCUUUCCCUGGCCGCUAUGGGCGCUUCCGGUCCUACGGCGGAAGAAAUGUACUCGGUGCUGGAGUACGGAACACCGAACGAAAAGCAAUCGGUGGCCGAUAACUAUCGCCGUCUCAUGACACGACUCUCCUCCGAUAGCACAGUGAAUGUGGCGAACAAAAUUUACGUCAUGCAGAACUACGCUAUCAAGAGCGCGUUCAAUGCGAUCGCCACCGAAAGUUUCCAGUCCGAGGCGGAAGCGGUCAACUUCGCCGAGAAUGCGGCAGCCGCCAAAAAGAUAAACGGUUGGGUAGAGUCGAAAACGAACAACAAGAUCAAGGAUCUCAUUUCGCCGGAUUCGUUGGACGAGCUCUCGCGGAUGGUGCUGGUUAAUGCGGUACACUUUAAGGGUACCUGGACGUAUCAGUUCGAUCCGCAGCUGACGCGUCCGCUUCCGUUUUAUACCAGCGAGACAGAAUCACGCAACGUGCCGAUGAUGAACAUUAAGAAACACUUUGCGUACAACAACUUCGAAGAGCACGGCUUUUCGGCGCUGGAGCUAACAUACGGUGCUAGUGAAAUGACCAUGCUGAUACUGCUCCCCAACGAGCGUACGGGAUUGGCGGCAGUUGAGGAAAAACUUUCCAGUCUGAAUUUUGCCGACCUAACGUCACAAAUGCACAAGCAGGAAGUUGAGGUGUUCCUGCCCAAAUUUAAGAUCGAAUUCACGCGCGAUCUGAACGACGAUCUAAAGGCGCUCGGCAUGAGCAGAAUGUUUAGCGACUCGGCCGAAUUUCCCGACUUGUUGGAAGAAAACGAACCACUCAAGGUGUCCAAAGUCGUACACAAAGCGUUCAUCGAAGUGAACGAGGAAGGCACUGAGGCAGCCGCCGCCACUGUGGCAGUUGUACGUGUCAAGCGAGCCCUCAUAAAUCGGCUUAAAGUUCGCCUAGACCAUCCGUUCUUGUAUGUUUUGCUGAUGGGCAGUCCGCGACAGGCGGCUUUCAUUGGCCGCUAUGCGAAACCCGAUCAAACCGACAUUACCGGAGUUAAUCGCCGCGAUGAAUUGUAAAUCGU